AAUCUGGCGGAUGCUCAUAUGCUUCCUUGAAACUUCAUUUUCAUAAACACCCGUCAUCGAUUGAUCUAACACGAACCCAUAAACAGUAACCCUGGAGCAUCCAAAUGUGAGUAGCCUACCAUCUUCAUCUGCUCUAUGGAUUUCUCAACACUUCAGUCCAGAGCUUCCACCGCCUACUUCCCCCCUCACCGUACCCAGUUGCAUCCACGCAUGCACUUGAACUCCUUCUCUUCUCCAUACCAACCUUCCCAGAACCCCAACAAUAAAUCACAAAUCCACAAAUUUUUGAUCCUCUUCAUAUUCCUUCUCACAGUUCCUUUCCUCUUUUACCUCUUUUCUACUGCUCAGAAGAUCCACCAUUCGUCGAAAUUUGCCGAGCCCAAAUCCAAAUUCUUCUCUGUACUUAUCGAUUCAGGUCUUUAUGGGUCCCGCGUCCGCGUCUACGAGCUCUUGGCGGAGGGAACCAUGCCUUUUACUGAUGGUUCAAUGCCGCUGAUUGCUGGGUCCAUGAAGGUUCGGUCUGGAUUGGCUGGGUUUGCAGAGAACCCGGAGAAUGCAGGUGAUUUGGUUGAUCGGUUGGUUAAGUUUGCCAAGGGGCGGGUACCCAAGAAAGAGUGGGGGAAUACUAAGGUGCAAUUAAUGGCUGGUGGUGAGAAAGUGGACCGGUUGGAAUUGAAGGUGAGAGAGAUGAUACUGGAGUCUUGUAGACGUGUUUUGAGAGAGUCUGGCUUUGCAUUUAAGGAAGAAUGGGCACGGUUUAUUGCAGAUAGAGAAAGGGGAGUCUUUGCUUGGGUUGCUGUAAACUAUGCACUUGGGACUCUGGUAGGUGAUCCUCAGAGAACCACUGGGGUAGUUGAACUUGGUGGAACUUCUUUGCAGGCUACAUUUGCUUCAAGAGAAGUAGUACAAGGGCAAUCUCUGCAGAUGAUCAAAUUGGCAGGAAUUACUUACAAUCUUCAGACACAAAGCUUUCCAAAUUUUGGCCAGGAUGCGGCAUGGGAGUCUCUGCAUGAGCUACACCAUUCUGGAGAGUUGAUCUCCUUGCCUAAUGAUAGGGAGGGACCAGUUGGUAACCCUUGCAUUCCCAAAGGAUAUGACUUGGCAUCCAAUGCAAGUGAUGGCAAAUUUCUCUCACCACACCCAGCUGGAAACUUUACUGCAUGCAGACUUGAAGUUUUGGCAUUGUUGAAGAAUAAAGGAAAAUGCUUGCAAUCACCAUGUGAAAUUGUGCCAUCUUUGUUCUCGGAGCUACAAGGCAAGCACAUUUCUCAAGAAACCCUGUUCUACACUUCAGAGUUCUUUGGCUUGGCUCCUAGGACUACUUUGUUUGAAUUGGAGACAGUUGGACAACAAUACUGUGAAGGUGAUUGGGAUAAACUGAGAAGUCAACAUCACGGCAUUGAUGAAAUGGAUUUGUUGAGAUAUUGUUUUUCUUCUGCUUACAUGUUAGCACUGUUGCACGACAGCCUUGGAAUUCCAAUGAAUGAUAAAAGAAUUGGUUUUGCAAAUUAUACAGGAAGCUUUCACCUUGACUGGAGUCUUGGAGCUUUUAUCCUACAAUCAAUGCUGGAGCCCCUUGACAUGGAAACUGAUAACCUUGACCAAAUUGUUGGAAAUGAGUCGGUGAAAUAUUUCUCAUUAUUUGCUUUUCUUCUGAUAGUUGUGCUUGGUGUAUUGUUCGUACUACAAUGGCGAAAACCACAGUUGAAAACAGUAUAUGAUUUGGAAAAAGGGCACUAUAUCGUCACACGGGUGCCCUGGUGAUUGUAUCCCCCAGCCUUUUUGUUCCUUUGAGAAUAAUCUGUAAAUUCUGUUGUAUCUUUAUGGAUUCAAGUUACACACAGAGAGUAUUUAUUUAUUA